AUGCCCCCCAAAGGAUCCACAAAGAAACCUCUCCAAAAGGCCACUGUGAUUCAAACCCCUCACAAACACCAGAGCCAGUUCACAUCGACCGUCCACAAGAGGAUCCUCGAAAGAAUCCAAAAAUGCCUAGACCGCGCCCAUCACUCCAACACAUCCGAGGCCGAAGCCAAAGCCGCGCUGUUUGUCUCCCAGAAGCUGAUGAGCCAACACAACGUGAGCCAAGCGGAUCUGAUGGCCGCAGACGAGAACAGCAGCAAAGCACACUACGGCGGACGCAGCGUCGUGAGCAUCACAAAAAUCGCGGGCUCGUCGGUAAGGGCUAUGAAAGAGGCCUUUACGGAGAAGUUGGCGAGAGCCAUGUGCACCCUGUUCGACUGCAAAUACUUCUCUACUGAUUAUCGCACCUCGAUGCAAUGGACGUUCUUCGGCAUUACCGAUAACACGGCGGCGGCGGCGAUGGGCUUUGAAAUGGCCCAUAAUAAGAUCUUGGAGUGGGCGUGUGCCUACAAGAGUGGCACGCCUACUUUCAGUUACCGUUUCGGCGUGGUAGAUGGACUGGCGGCUGUGGCUAACCGCGAGAAAAGACGGGAGCUUGAUGACGCCCGUCGUAAGGAGCUGGAGUUUAUCGUGGCCAGGGAGCGUGAGGAAGCUGCCGAGCGUCAGCGGGAAGUUGAUCGGUUACUUCCUCUGCCGGCUCCCUUGACCGAUAUCAAUAGCCCAUCCGACUCUGACGACAAAGAACGAAGCCAUAUAGCCGACUCUGGUGACGAUGGGUCCGAUGGCGGUGAUGAGAUAAUGGAUACCAAAGCCGACUUCAGCGCAAACGUCGCUCAAAUCAUCGACCUCACCGACGACGUCGACGAAACUAUCAACAAAUUCAUCAAACGGGAGCCUACCGAGAUAUUCAAUUCCGAUGCAAUCCCUGAAUCCAGUACGGCGCCCCCGACCAGGAUCAAAUCUGAGCCUGGGCCUGGGCAUCAGUCCUUGCCGGCGACAUCUCCCUGGGACUCUGGAAUACAACUGGUUCAAUUCCGGGCAACGGCAGAGCAGGUUGCGGACGAUUAUUUGAAACAAAACAAGAUCAAACUACACAGUUCAGGAAGUCGCUCGUCGAUUGCUCGAGACAGAGACGCGUAUCGGCAGGGUCAGCUGGACAGUUCGAAAAUCAAGGUCCAUCGAUAG